UUAUAUGACGUAAAGUUGUAGUUUUUGAAACGUCGCGCUGCGCAACGUGCAGCAAAACAAGCGUUUAUCCACUUAGUUUAGUGUGUUUUUACAGCGGUUUUGUGUUAUUUACUUCAAUAUCAGGUUUUCCCCUCAUAUAGAUUUAGUUUGUUUAUGUUUUGUUUAUGUUGUCGUCAUGGAGGAUUUACCAGAGGAUUUGAGAGCAUUUCUACAGAAGCAUCCUUGUUUUCAACUCACAGACUCUAAGAAGAUCAAGUGUACACUGAACGAGCACGAGUUUCCCUGCAGCCUCGAUGAACUGCAGCACUUCACUUCAGGAAAGAAAUACAAGAAACUGAGCGCUGAGGCGGAGUUUGACUACAAGCAGUAUGAGCCCCAUGUAGUCAACAGCACUAAACAGCCUAAUCAUCUCUUCUGCAAACUCACGUUACGUCACAUCAACCGUGUGCCGCAGCACGUUCUACGCCACGUCAACGGCAAACGCUACAGGAAGGCUCUAGAGCAGUAUGAGGAGUGUGUUCGUCAGGGGGUGGAGUUUGUCCCGGUCCAACUCCGACGGAAACGGAGAGUCAAAGAGCACGACGAGGCCGCAGGAAGUGAGCGACAGCCCAAGAGGAAGGACGACAGCGGCAUCUGUGCUCUGAGCUCGAGCGGCGCUGAGGACAGCGACUCCGACGACAGCAUGUCCGACCUUUAUCCACCGACGAUGUUCACACAGAAGACAGAGGAAGAACAGAACAUGAAAGACGGGGAGGAAGAUGAUUUUGAGACUGACGAUGAUGAUGAUGAUGAAGUAUCUGAAAUGGAAGUAGAAAACCAGACGCAGAAACGAAAAAAGGUUAAUUCUUCUGGCUUCACAAAGAAAUUUAAGAAGAACAGAAAGAAGAAGGGUUUCAAACACGUUGGCAAAGUAAAUGGGAAAUAAUAAAGUUUGUAACUCACUGAAA